AUGAUAUUUGCACAACAGUCACACUAUUCUAUGGCAAUCACUCCUAAAAUGCUGGUGAAUUGCUUAGCAUCCAAGAAGAGUAUCUCUCCCUAUGGUUGUACACUACAAAUAUUUUUCUUUGCUUGUUUUGCUGAUUCUAAGUACAUUACCCUGGCAGCAAUGGCAUAUGACCAUUAUGCAGCCCUCUGUAACCCAUUGCUCUACUCUCCACUUAUGUCUAGAAGAGGCUGUCUCUGUUUCAUUGUGUUGGCAUACUUCAAUGGAAGUAUGACUUCACUGGUGCAUGUAUGCCUCACAUUCAGGCUGUCAUUUUGUGGUUCCAAUCUUGUCAACCAUUUUAUCUGUGGUGUCCCACUUAUACUGGCUUUAUCCUGUGCAGAUACCCAUAUCAAUGAGCUUCUGCUCUCUGUCUUGGGUAGCUUCAUCCAGACAAGCAAUUUCAUGGUCAUAUUUAUCUUGUACUUCUGCAUCUUCAUCACUCUUUUGAGCAUCAAGUCCCCAGGAGGCAGAAGCAAAACAUUCUCCAUCUGUGUUUCCCAUCUCAUAGCAGUCACCUUAUUCUAUGAGAUCCUCCUAUUUAUGUACUUUUGUCCUGUGACCAGUUUUUCUCUAGACACUGAUAAGGUUGUUGCAGUGUUUUGCACAAUUGUCUUUCACAUGAUUAACCCAAUAAUCUUCAGUUUCAGAAAAAAGGAUAUGAAAAAUGCUCUCAAAAACUUUUGGAGAGAAAUUGGAUUUUCAAAUGGAUGGAAAUGCAAAUAA